UCAUGAGUACAUCAGUGGUUACUACAGAGUAUCAGUCUACUUCCUGUGUAAGAUACUCAGUGACAUCAUCACCUUAAGGACACUCCCUGCCAUCGUCUUCAGCUGUGUGGCUUACUUCAUGAUCGGGUAUAAAGCUACAGUAGAGGCCUUCUUCCUGUUCAUGUUGACCGUAGCUCUGGUUGCCUAUACAGCUACUGCUAUGACCAUGGCUAUAUCAGCUGACCAGAGUGUUGUGGCGAUCGCCAACAUCUUCAUGACCAUAGCCUUCGUCUUCAUGAUGAUCUUCUCAGGCCUGUUGGUGAACCUGCCCAGUAUUGUUGAGUGGCUAGCCUGGUUCCAGUACCUCAGCAUCCCUCGGUACGGACUAACAGCUCUCCAAAUUAAUGAGUUUGUAGGUCUCCAGUUCUGUGGAGACAUUCCCCUCAACGGCACCUUGCCCCCUGGUAUGACAUGCACGGGGGAAGACUUUCUGAAGAACCAGGGGAUCGACUACACCACGUGGGGGCUGUGGCAGAAUCACGUUGCCCUGGCGAUCAUGACCGUAAUCUUCCUGUUGAUCGCGUACUUCAAACUACGCUUCAUCAAGAAGUUCACAUAGAGGUCAGGGGUCACGGGUUAAGCCUAUUGUACACCUUCCCUUGUCCUCCUCUCAAACGAAAUGCUGUAACUUCCACUGACAUGUCAGCGUCCGCAGGACACUUUUUAAGGGAGCAAAAAAUUAGAUCGAGGCGGAAGGUGAAAUUAGGCAUUAGAGGUCCAUCAUCAUCAUCAUCAUCAUCAUCCGACAACUAUUGUGCCAAAUCAAUAAAUGCAAUGAUUUCUCUACCAAUGUGUCUUAUCUACAGAUGUUUUAAAUCAUGUCUCAAGGUGUCUAUGUGAUUUUAUUUUUGAACCAUUCGUGUUUUUAUGACGUGCAAUUUGUUAAAUGUUUUAUCGAUGCAACACAAUUAACGUGUAUUGAUACCAAAUAUAUUGAUGAUUUGGUAAUCUGUAAAGACAGAUAAUAACUACUUAUGCAGGUGAGUCCCUAGGUGGGUCCCAAACGGUACCCUGUCCCCUAAACGUGUAUUGAUGCCUACGGUUGAACAGGGCCCCUAGGACUCUGGACACAAGUAGUUCCCUACUGUUGAACAGGGCCCCUAGGAUUCUGGACACAAGUAGUUCCCUACUGUUGAACAGGGCCCCUAGGACUCUGGAUACAAGUAGUUCCCUACUGUUGAACAGGGCCCCUAGGACUCUGGAUACAAGUAGUUCACUACUGUUGAACAGGGCCCUAGGACUCUGGACACAAGAAGUUCCCUACUGUUGAACAGGGCCCCUAGGACUCUGGACACAAGUAGUUCCCUACUGUUGAACAGGGCCCCUAGGACUCUGGACACAAGUAGUUCCCUACUGUUGAACAGGGCCCCUAGGACUCUGGACACAAGUAGUUCCCUACUGUUGAACAGGGCCCCUAGGACUCUGGACACAAGUAGUUCCCUACUGUUGAACAGGGCCCCUAGGACUCUGGACACAAGAAGUUCACUAUAAAGGGACUAGGGUGCUGUUUUGGACACAGUCCUAGACAUGUUUCUAUUAACGUUUUGUACACUGUAUAAACACUCCUACACUAACACAUGAUCGACGGCACAGGAGGCUGGUGAGGGGGAGGACGGUGCAUAAUAAUGUCUGGAAUGGAAUCAGCCACAUGGAAACCACGUGUUUGCUACCAAUCCCUUAAUUCCGUUCCUGCCAUAACUAUGAGCCUAUCCUCCCCACCAGCCACCUGUGAUGAACAGUAUAACAAUGAUAAUUAUGCAAAAA